CGUCAUCUGAAACAGGAAAGAUUUCUUUCCUCCGAUUAGCAGGUUGACAGCAGCGGUCUGAGCUGGAGACCGUGCUGUGCGGUGUCUCCGUUGCUGCUUAAAAAGUUACUACAGAUCCUAAGAGGAGGAUUUCUGCAACGAUGGAAAAUCCUUUUCAACAUCUAGUCGAGCCUCUCUGCCCCGAGGAUCCAAAGCAACAAUUUUACAAUUUGACCAAGCUCGGAGAUCCAAGAUAUGACCGCCUGCCCUUCUCCAUCCGGGUCCUGCUGGAGUCCGCCGUCCGGAACUGCGACGGGUUUCUCAUCAAGCGCACGGAUGUGGAAAGCAUCCUCAACUGGAAGCUGACUCAGACCCAAACCGUGGAGGUGCCGUUCAGGCCGGCCCGUGUCAUCCUCCAAGACUUCACGUACGUCGGCGUUCCUGCUGUGGUGGACUUCGCUGCUAUGCGGGACGCGGUGGUGAAACUAGGAGGUGACCCGGAAAAAAUUAACCCAGUUUGCCCCGCUGACCUGGUCAUCGAUCAUUCCAUCCAAGUGGAUUUUAACAGGAAAUCUGACAGUCUUCAGAAAAACCAGGACUUGGAGUUUGAUCGCAACAAGGAAAGAUUCCAGUUUUUAAAGUGGGGUUCUAAAGCCUUCAAGAACAUGCGGAUAAUUCCUCCUGGUUCAGGAAUUGUUCACCAGGUCAACCUGGAGUAUCUGGCCCGGGUGGUGUUUAACAACGAUGGCUUUUUCUACCCGGACAGUCUGGUGGGCACUGACUCCCACACCACUAUGAUCGACGGCCUGGGGGUUCUGGGCUGGGGUGUGGGUGGAAUUGAAGCAGAGGCUGUCAUGCUGGGUCAGCCAAUCAGCAUGGUGCUGCCUGAGGUGGUGGGCUACAAGCUCCACGGGAGCCCCCACGAGCUCAUCACAUCCACGGACAUCGUCCUGACCGUCACAAAGGACCUCCGGCAGGUGGGGGUCGUGGGGAAGUUCGUGGAGUUCUUCGGCCCCGGCGUGGCCCAGCUGUCCAUCGCUGACCGAGCCACCAUCGCCAAUAUGUGUCCGGAGUACGGGGCCACGGCGGCCUUCUUCCCCGUGGACGAUGUCAGCAUUCAGUACCUGGAGCAGACGGGACGAGAACCAGAAAAGCUGGCUUACAUUACAAAGUACCUGAAGGCGGUUGGCAUGUUCAGAAACUACAAUGAUGUUGCUCAGGAUCCAGAUUUCACCAAGGUUUUUGAGUUGGACCUCAGCAUGGUUGUUCCGUGCUGCAGCGGUCCCAAAAGGCCGCAGGACAGAGUGGCUGUUUCUGACAUGAAAACAGACUUUGAAUCAUGCCUGGGAGCAAAGCAAGGGUUCAAAGGUUUCCAGGUGGCCCCUGAACGCCACAGCGCUGUGGUCCCCUUCCACUUUGGUGGGAAAGAGUUCGCGCUGAGCCAUGGCUCGGUGGUCAUCGCUGCCAUCACCAGCUGCACCAACACCAGCAACCCCUCCGUCAUGCUGGGAGCAGGACUCCUUGCAAAGAAAGCAAUAGAAUGUGGUCUGAGCGUGAAGCCGUACAUAAAGACCAGCCUGUCACCCGGCAGCGGAGUGGUGACCUACUACCUGAAAGAGAGCGGCGUUAUGGACUACCUCUGUCAGCUGGGAUUCGAGGUUGUUGGCUACGGAUGCAUGACGUGCAUCGGCAACAGUGGACCGCUACCAGAACCAGUUGUGGAAGCCAUAACCAAGGGGGAUCUGGUUGCAGCAGGUGUCCUUUCAGGGAACAGGAACUUUGAGGGCCGAGUCCACCCCAACACCAGAGCUAACUACCUGGCUUCCCCGCUGCUCGUCAUUGCGUACGCUAUAGCCGGCACUAUGUUGCAUUUCCUCCAUCCUGUAGCCAUUAACUCAGAGGGUAACGAGGUCUUCCUGAAGGACAUCUGGCCUACACGGGAGGAGAUCCAGGCUGUGGAGAGAACGUUUGUCAUUCCAUCCAUGUUCAAGGAAGUUUAUGAGAAGAUCGAGAAAGUGAACGAACGCUGGAACUCUCUGGUGGCUCCCUCUGAUAAGCUGUAUACUUGGGAUGCCAAAUCCACUUAUAUCAAGUCACCGCCGUUUUUCGAUGGAUUGCUUGUCUUCGUGCAGACCAUGCAGCUGCAGCCCCCGCAGUCCAUAAGGGACGCCUACGUGCUGCUGAACCUGGGAGACUCCGUCACCACAGACCACAUCUCUCCCGCAGGAAACAUAGCCAGGAACAGCCCGGCAGCCCGCUACCUCACCGACAGAGGGUUGGUCGCUCGGGACUACAACUCGUACGGCUCCCGUCGGGGAAACGACGCCGUCAUGGCCAGAGGGACCUUCGCCAACAUCCGGCUCUUCAACAAGUUCCUCAACAAGCAGGCGCCGCAGACCGUGCACCUGCCGUCCGGAGAGACGGUGAGGCCGCUCUGCCUCCGCCAUCUGACAGUGACUCAGUUUAAAAUGCCACGAGAACCUGUGGAGACUGAGCUGGACGUGUUUGAUGCUGCGGAGCGCUACCGGCAGUCCAAUGUCCCGCUGUUGGUUCUGGCAGGGAAGGAGUACGGCUCCGGGAGCUCCAGAGACUGGGCCGCCAAAGGCCCCUUCCUACUGGUGAGCCUCACCGAGUCUCUGAUCCCUGGCCUCGGCAUCAAGGCGGUGCUGGCGGAAAGCUACGAGCGGAUCCACCGCAGCAACCUGGUGGGCAUGGGCGUGAUCCCGCUGGAGUUCCUGCCGGGAGACUCGGCGGAGGGCCUGGGCCUGACGGGCCGGGAGCGCUACUCCGUCAGCAUCCCCGCGCCGCUGGCGCCCCGCGCCCUGGUGCACGUGCAGCUGGACACGGGGAAAACGUUCCAGGUGCGCAUGAGGUUCGACACGGACGUAGAGCUGACCUACUUCCAGCACGGAGGAAUCCUCAACUACAUGAUCCGCAAGAUGUCCGAAAACUAACAUUAAUAACUUCACAUUUCUCAUUUCACACUACUGGGGCAUAGCUGUUUUAUGCCAGAUGUAGCUGAGAGGAAAACAGAGAAUCAUCCAAUCAUCUCUCCAUAUUUGGAAGAUAGUCAUUUGCAGGGAACUGAUGUAUGUAACCGAGCCGUUUCCCGUCCUCUAACGUUUCCUUAUUUUUUGGAAGCCUUAAUUUCUACCUUAAUCAUUGUGUUCAGAGACAGGUUUAUUUUUUUUGCCUGCUUUCUUAUUUGCCGUGAUCAACAGCAAAUGAGACGUCUCACAUUCCAGCGCAUGAACCCACGGGCUGGCAGGUGGCAGUAAUGCACCAAAAAAGGCUGAGAAGAAGAAGAUACUGUCCCACAAAAUGAUCAGUGCUGGUUUCACACCUCAAAGAAGAGGAUUUUUUAUUUUUUUUAAUAUUACAUAAAGAGAUAAAUCAGACUGUGGGAUGCAUGCCUUAUGGUCUGGUCCCCUGUCGGAUUUUCGGUUUCUUUUGGGUGUUUUUGCACAGUAAAGAACAGACUAAGCACUUAGCCUGUAGGAGAAUAACAGCUGCACGUGGGGAACCAUGACGCUGCUAGGCCGGUGAUUCUCUGAAAACAAGAGGCGCAUUAAGAUUUAGAAGUGCAUUCUUGGCCCGGGACCAGCGGUGUGCGGCCGUCUGUUUUGGGCUGCAGGCUCUGGAAAGUAUUCUCUCCACACAGCAGAGGGCCCCACAGAGCCCCCGGUGGAGCUGAGUUUGCUGCAUUAAUCAUGUGCUCCGAUUCUGAUAAAUUGACGUGGUCUCUGUUUUGUCCUUAAUUGCCAAUUUGUGUUUAUUAGAAUGUCUGACAGGCAGCGUCUUUUGUUUCAAUGGUUCUGUUGUAAUCAAGUCGAAUUAAACAAGGUUACUAAUAAAAUCAUUAAAACUGUAUUCCUAAUUGAAUUUUUAUUUGAGUUC